GCAGGUUACCAGCUCCUCUUUUGUGCCAAUGCACCUUGGUGGGCACUCUUCCAUCGCUAGCUGUUCAAGGCAUUCGCCUGCUUCUCACCUGGCGUCCCUUGCCUCUCUCUCUAGCCUUCCUCCCAACUCUACAAACCCCGGCGUUCUGCUCCUUCCUAGCCGACCCAGGGCCGAAGAGCACAGGUUUCAGCUUAUGUGGAGUUGUUGCAGCCACCUAUAAACCUAUUUACUGAAUUUAUGGAGAAGCCUGCAAAUCAUGGCAGUCAGUCAGAGGAACUCUUUGCCCAUCUUAAAACUACAUCAGAGAAAGAACAUUUACCACGAAGUGCCAGUGAAAACCAUCUCAGCUGGUAUUCUCAUCAUUAUCCGGGAAAAUCUAAUCAUCUGAUUUGGGGGAUUUAUAUUUCAUCCAUAAUGUACAUUAUGAAUAAAAUCCUGAAGCAGGACAUCCUAAAUGAUGAAAAGACUGAAUUGGAGGCAACACUUAAUGAAGCUGAGUUGGCAACAUGUUCUAUAGAAUCACUUUUGCCAUUAUUUAAGAACACCAUUGAAGAGAUUAAUUUUGCAAGUGCCAAUGUUUCUGCAUCCAAUUUGAAGAAGAUUUCUGAACAGAAGGAAAUAUUAACAAAAGAAUUAAAUACCUUUAAACAUGUAAAACUAGCUUUAGAACAUCUUCUUAGAAAGACAGACUACAGACAAACAGGAGACAAUUUACCGAGCAUGUUGUUAAAGAAUCUAACUGAUAAUGAAAGUGAAAACAUUAGUCUUAAGAAGAAGGUCCUUGAAAAGGAGAACUAUAUUCAAAAACUUUCUUGUUUGUUUCAGAAUGAAAAGGCAAAUACAUUGAAAGCAAACCGUUUUUUUCAAUCAGUAAAAGUAGUACAUGAACGACUACAGCUCCAAAUUAAUAAAAAGGAAGCAGAGAAUGAUAAAUUAAAAGAAGACAUAAAGAGCUUAGAAACCAAAAUAGCCAAAUGGAACUUGCAGUUGAGAACAAAUAAGCAUGAGGCUGUAGCCAUGAAAGAAGCAAGUAAGCAAAAGGCUAUAGCUCUAAAAAAGGCGUCUAAAAUCUACAAACAUAGGCUUGAACAUUUUACAGGAGACGUUGAACACCUCAUGUCCCAAAUUAGGGAUCAGGAAGCCAAGUUGUCUGAAACAGUUUCGGCUUCCAAUGCCUGGAAAAGCUAUUAUGAGAAAAUAGUAAUAGAAAAAACUGAGUUGGAAGUUCAGAUCGAAACAAUGAAAAAGCAAAUUGAUAACCUUUUGGAAGAUCUGAAGAAAGUGGAAGCCCAUGGAAAAAAUUCAUGUGAAGAAAUUCUUAGAGAACUUCACUCAAUUGAAUAUGAAAAUGAAACUCUGAAUCUUGAGAAUACAAAACUAAAGACCACACUUACUGCUUUGAAGGACGAAGUUGUUUCUGUUGAAAAGGAACUCUUAGAACUACAAGAAGUAGAAAAACGACAGAAAGGCCUUAUUGAAAUGUAUAAAAAUCAGGUACAAAAGUUGCAAGAAGCAGCUGAAAUGGUGAAAACCAGAUAUGAAAAUUUGCUACAUGAAAAUAACCUAAUAACAGAAAACAAAAGUAAAAAAUUAGAGAUGAUGAGAGGCCAGAUGGAGUCUCAUCUGCAGAAGGUAGAGCGAGAUCGAGAUUCCUUGACAGCGGUUGAACAGAAGCUUCGGGAGAGUCAGGAGAGCUUGCAGCGCUGCAAGGCCAAGUGUGCAGAGCAGACCCACACCGUUAGGGAGCUGCAGGGCCAGGUUGAUGGAAAUCAUAGUCUUCUGACAAAGCUUUCUCUUGAGGAGGAAAAUUAUCUUAUUCAGUUGAAGUGUGAAAACCUUAAACAAAAAUUAGAACAGAUGGAUGCAGAGAAUAAAGAACUUGAGAAGAAGCUAGCAAACCAAGAAGAAUGUCUUAAGCUCAGCAAUCUGAAGCUUAAAGAGAAAUCUGCAGAAUAUUCAGCAUUGGCCAGGCAACUAGAGGCUGCUUUAGAAGAAGGAAGACAGAAGGUUUCUGAAGAAAUAGAGAAAAUGUCAUCUAGAGAGAGGGCUUUACAACUUAAAAUAUUAGACCUGGAAACUGAGCUUAGAAAGAAAAAUGAAGAACAAAACCAACUUGUUUGCAAAAUAAACUGUAAAGCACAACAUCAGGAAGUGUGUUUGAAAGAAAUACAACAUAGUCUUGAGAAGUCAGAGAAUCAAAAUGAGAGUAUUAAGAAUUAUUUACAGUUUCUUAAAACGUCCUAUGUAACAAUGUUUGGAUAAAUUGCUGAAUUUAUUUUCUAUAAGCAGUAGGUUUUUACUAAGUCUAAAAUGUGAUUAGGUAAAAAAAAACAACGCUACUGGUUGUUACAUUUCAUGAUUUAUGGGUAGUAGUAUUAGAUUUUUUAUGUAAAGACAUUUGAAACAUAAUUUAUUGUGUAAUUGAAACUUUAAAACAUGACAGCUGUUAAUAUUCCUUUUUGCUGGAUAAUUCUCAUUUAGCUCUUGAAAAAUAUAUUGGCUUUUUACAGUUUUUUUCCCACACAUAUGCAAAAGUCAGAAUCAUUCUUUGUGAUGUCUAUAGCCACCAUUCAAGUGAAUUUUUAAUAAUUCAGGCCAAUUAUGAGUCAAAUACAUGAUUUUAAAAUAUAUAUAAUCAUUUUAUUUUGUGGUGCUAUAUAAAUGUAAUAAAAGAAAACAUUUUGAAUUUUAAUUUUUAAUAAUGAUACAAUCACGUACUUCCCAAAGAUACCAAAUGUGUGAAUGUACUUAGUAUUACUUCACAUAUAUGCUGAGUUGCCUUUAUAAUUUGUUAGAUUCUAAAUACAAAGUUUUAAGUUAAUAGCUAUUAAAUGCCAACUGAUGGUGACAGAUGAAAAUAUGUUGGCAUGCAUUGUUUCUAUAUAAAGAAUAGACAUUCGGGCUGUCCUGUGAACUCAGCCUCUUUGUUCAUUAUGUGCAAGGGAUCAUCUGAUGUUGUUGUAGAUAUCGUAAAGCCUCUGAGUUAACUAGCAUAUCAAAGGAGAACAACUUGUCCUACCCUUCUCAUGGUGACUCACUGGGAUAGUCAAAAUAAGCACUCUUAAUACCAGCAAGCUUUAGGGUAAGAUCUUUAUUGGGAUGAAGUAGAAGAGAAACCAAGAACUUGUUCCCCAUAAUCUCCCACACUGCGUGCCAAGGCUGCUCUAUAAAGGGACAGAUGUGGCUCACAAGGGAUCGAGUGAUAGUGACUCCUCUUGGACAAUGACUUCAGAGCUGUUUCUUCAGAGGCACGUUGAGUUUUGAAAGGUCACUCUGAGGGAUUAGAUUAUGUACUACACAGUUCCAGCCCAUGAACAGAGAAGCAGCCUCUCCAAGGUGUUCUAUCUUCUCUGAUCCAAAAUUGGAUCCGGCUCUCCACUCAUCCUUCACUCCGAAGACUGCCACUUCAUGCACAGAGGCUGGCUUCCUAGUGACCCAAUUGCUUUAUAGUAUUUUUUUUCUUAAAAUAGCAAAAUACAGAAUAUCAGAAACUGGUCACUUUUUGCAUAACAAUUGCUGGCAACAUUAAAUGUUGCCCCGUUUUAAAAAACCAUAGUACUUGUGGGCCUAAAAAUAUACCUUACCCUUGAGGCCCUUCCUUAAUUCCAAAGCAGAGGGAGCCUUAAGAUAUGCCCACAUGAUGGUUUAUGUACUUUCUACUAGACUGUGAUCUGCAAUUCGAAGGCAGAACUGUGUCUUACUCACAUUUAUGUCUCAAUCCUACAUAAUACUUGAUAGAAAGUGGUGUCCAGUUGAUGUUUAUGGAUAGAUAAAUGGAUGGAUGUUGAGAGACAGGUAUUCAGAUUCUUUUCAAAAUGGAAAAAAAGAAUGUAAGCACAGAGGAAUUAACUACCAUGACCGCAGUAUAAAACUUAAGUUUUAAAGCUGGCAUUUGAACUCAAGUCUUCUGGCUCCAAAAUUAAACUUCUGUAUACAGUGCUGUCUUCCUGGUGUGACAGUGGCUAUGGAAUCUUCCCAGCAGCACUGCAGUUGUUUAUUGAACACUUGUGAAAUGUGAUACAUAUAUCAACUCACUUGUUAGGAAACUAAGACACUUAACACAUUCCCUCUUGCUUGUACCACUGGUGGUAUAUGCAUGAAAGUCCCAUUAGUAGCUUGAACCACCCAAUGGGACUGUCCCAUACCGCCUGAUGGGACAGUCAUGCGUGUAACACCAGUGGUUCAGAGCCUCUUAGCAGCAAGACAUGAAUUACGACCUGGUUGUGAAUGUGUUGAAGGUAAAAUACCUUGAUCCUGGUUCUACAUCUAGAAUCUCUGCCCUUAACUAUGACCAUAUUACCUUUGUGUUCAGUUCAUAGGGUAGUAAUUUCCUUUAACAGUAAUGGACUUAUUUAUUGAGGCUUUUUUAAAAUAGUUUUUAAGGUUUUAUUUUCAUUAAUGUAAUUUGUAUCUGUCGCAUUUUAAAAAUCGACACCUGCAGUGUUUUAGAUAGACUUACUACAAAGUCCUUAAGGUCGGUACUUAGCUACCAGUGACACAACAUGACAAAGAAAGAAGUUUAGUAACUUCUGUGCCUAAUGUUCUCGUGUAAAGGCUUCAGUGCCUGCAGGGCCCCAGAGUCGGUGCCCUAGUGUCCCUGAACACUAGGUAUUUCUAUUCCCAGCUUUCUGCUAUUCCGGGAAACUACUUUCCCACACUUCUAAUAGGUUUGCCAAAUUUUCUCUUGAUGCUUGAUAGGGCGUCAAGAUAUUAUUAAGUCGUAAAAGAUUUCUUUCAUUAUCUAUGUUAUUAUUUCUUCUUUCCAUGUUCCUUUCUUCCUCCUAGAUCUGGUCUCCAUGCAACUUGGCCUUUUUCAACAGGAGACCUGUCACUGAGUUUCUUGUGAGAUUUCUUCCACCUGAUUUUUCUGACCACUAGUGUGGUUUUUAAGGUCAGUCAUUCUCUUUUUCUGCUGGAAUGUUGAAUUUUUAAUUAAAAUCUCGUAUGCUUUUUGGUUCCUGAAAGUCUUUUUUUUUUUUUUUUUUGAGUUCUGUAAUUCCAUUAUAUUUUCAUUAAAAUUCUCUUCUGUCUCUUCCAUUGGUUCUACUUCAGUAAGCAUCUUUGAUUUCUAUUCUGCUGGCCAUCUUUCCUUCCAAGUUCCAUUAAUGAGUUUCAACUUUCCUUGCCUACUCAUAGCUGUGGUUCCCUCAGCACCUGCCAACAGCCUGUUGUGCACAUCUGCUGAGCAGUAGCAAACUAAGUGGUAAAAGUUGUGAUGACUUCUGUUCUCAUGGGCCCAGGAGACCUGAGUUUCCAGUGAGGAACUAUUUUGCCCUCUGACUUUUUCAGUCACAAGCAGUAGUUCUUUCCCCACCAUCAGCAUUGAAAGCACUUUAAUGGAGAGGCCCCCACAAGUUUUCUCAGGUCAGCAAGUCGGGUGCAGCAAAUAGCAAAUGAAGUCCUCCUUGGAGGUGAGCCACAAGUAUGGUCUGCAGUUGGAAAAAUGGGUAGCACUUUAAAGAAUGAGUUUGAUCUAUCUGCAGACUUAUUAUUUAUUCAUGGCUUUUAUUCUAAGGUCAAAAACAGUCAUAAAAUUAUGUGUUCAGUGUGAUUCAUUUUUGUAAUUCAAAACAUCUCUCUGUGUGUAUAAGCCCGCGUAUGUUAGUAUGUGCCUGAAAGAAGGUAUAGAUAGAUACCUACAUGACUUUGUGAGAGUGGGGGGAAGAGUAAUAAAUUCUGCGAUAUGUGCUUUUAUUUUACUUCACUUUUUCUGAUGAAAUUUUACUCCUUUUGUAGCAAUUUUUUUCUAAUCAGAUAAACAUUUUAAAGAUCAAAAGAUAGGUGUGGUAGGUGUUAGGGAAUAGAGGAGGAGUAGGAUUGGUGAGAAGUAUAGUCCAAGAAUGAAAUAUUGAAAUUUGAUUUUCAGAGGUGGAGGAGUUUGGGACAGGAAAAAAAUGAAGAAAAACCACUAGCAAUGGAAGUGAAGGUCAGUGGAGGCCAAGAUAUUGAGUAAUUGAGAAGCUUUGGAUAGCAAAGCUCUCUAGAACGUGCCGGAAAUUAGAGUGAAAAAGAAGAAAAAGCAUCUUAGUUAAAUGUGAGCAGAUGAAUAGAUGGCUUUGAUAGGGAAUGAACUUUUAAAAUUCUAUCCAAGGUUCUGAUUGCUCUUUGAAUAAAAUCCAAAGUUCUCAUCAUGGACCUCAAGGCCUGCAUGAUCUGGGACUGCCCACCCUCCAUUGCUGUCCUCCCCACUGCUUCCCUUGAUUCUCUGAAAACUCAGCUCAUUCCUUCUUUCCUGUUCUCAUGUUAGGAUAUUCUUUGUCUCACUCAUGGCUUGACUAAGUCCUGGUCAUUCUCUCAUGUGUAUUCCUAUGCUUUUCCUUCAUAUUUGGCAGUUACUAGUUUUGGUGAUUGUUUCCUGUUAUCUCAUUAGAUUUUGACCUCUAGAAGGAUUUACUGGUUUUGGCUUUUAUCUAACACACUGCAUGUUACAUAGCAGACACAAUGUGGAUGGAUGGUGAUACUGCUGUUAGUUUUGAGCUUCAAAGAGGGGAAAAAGGAUUUACCUGAGAAAGCUGGGAAAACUGGAAUCUGGGAGAAAGGUAGACUUUCCUUCCUUAAGGCUGCAAGUAUCCUUAAUGAGCGGUGGGCUUUCCUUUUUGGCAGAAGUAGAGAUUCGGUGUACAGGAGACCUUGUUUAUAAUCAGAUGUGUGCUUCAGAAGCCACAGUGGAAAAUGGUGACAGACUUGGCAGGGGGACCAUUGGGAAGGUGGAAUGGGUUCUCUUACAUCUGGUUGCUUCCAAUAGUUCAAGAGAAAGAUCCUCCCUGCCUUCCUUCCUCCCUUGUCUAAGAAUAGAAAUCCAUGUGUUACCUUCUUUUCUUUUGAAAAUACUGAAUUGAGAAAGUACCUAAAUCCCAUCUUCAAGUGUAUCAUAUCAAAUACCUAGGACUAGCGAAACACAUGCAAGACAUUUACACUGAAAACUACAAAUCAAUCCUAAGAAAAACUAAAAAAUCUAAAUAAGUGGAAGAAUAUAUUAUAUAUUUAUGAAUUAUAAAGAUACUAGCCAUUUUUUCAAGUUGAUGUAGAUGUAUAAAUUCAGUACACUCUUAAUCAAAAGGGAAUUUUUUUUGGUAGACAUUGACUUCUAAAAUUUACAUUCAAAUAAAAACCAAGAAUGACUAGAACAAUCCUGAAAAAAAAACAAAAACAGAGUACAAGAUGUUAAAAGUUACUAUAGUAAGCUACAAUGAUUAAGACAGAGUACUACUGGUGCAAAGAUAAGACAAAUAGAACACUGGAACAUAAUAGAGAAUUCAAAAGAAAACCCACCACCUACUUCACAACAUGGAUUUAUCUUAUGACAAAGAUGACAUUAGUACACUGGGAAUGAAUUGUAUUUUUAAUAAACAGUUCCAAGUCAAUUAGAUAUCUAUGUGAAAAAAAAUCUGAGCUUCUGGUUGAAACCAUACACGAAAUCUAUUGAACAUGGGUUGCAGAAUAUAACAUGAACAGUAAAACAAUAAAGCUAUUGUAAGAAAAUGCAGGAGACCAUUUUCAAUGACUUGGAGUAGGAAGAGAUUUCUUAAACAGGAUAUGAAAAGUGCUAACCACAAAGGAAUGGAUAAAUUGGGUUAUAUUAAAAGUGACAGUUUUAGAUCAUUGUAUAUCAUAAGUGAAGUAACCCACAGAGGGGUAAAAUAAAUGAAUUUUAAAUAAUAUAUAUCAAAUAUAUUCAUAUUAUAUAUAAAAGACUGAUAACCAGAAUUCAUUUAUAUUAAUUAGAGCCUAAUUUUUGAGUUUUAACAAUGUAAAAUAACUUUAAUACAAAUGGCCAAUCAGGGUGGGCAUAGUGGCUCAUGCCUGUAAUACCAGCACUUGGGAGGCUGAGGCAGGAGGAUUGCUGCGAGUUUGAGGCCAGUUUAGGCGACAUAGUGAGUUCAAGGCCAGUCUGAAGUACAAGGUGAGACCCUGUCUUAAAAAACAAACAAUAUUCAAAUGGCUAAUUAAGUAAGUAGAUAUAUAGAGAAAUAAAUAUUAGCUUCAAGUAUAACCUAAACUGCUACCAACUGAACAUUAAGUAAAAAUAUUUAAUAAUAUUAAGUAAUAUUAAGUAAAAAUAAAGGUCUUCUAAAAUUAUUUACAAAAUAUUGAUAUGAACAGAAUAUUAUAAAUUCAUGUCAGAACUGUUUAUAGCAUUCCAAGCAUGUUCAUAUUCCUAAUAUGAAACCAAAACUAAAAUUGAGAGAUUAUGACUUUAGUUGAAAUUCCCUUGAAUGUUUAAUGACAAGAUUUGAUUGUUCUUACUAGUUGCCAGUCAUUGUCUAAGCAGAGUAGUUUCUGCCAAGAUCUAAUUAUUUCUUUAAAAUUAAUGUUUUAAGUUGUAAAUUAUCCUAACAAAUGAUAUGAAUAAUUCUGGGUUUCGAGAAGCCUCAAAUUAUUUGUGGUAUUUUGACUUGUAGGCAUUUGUUCUGGAUAGUAAUUAAAUGCAGACAAGAAUUUGUGUGGCUAUUGACUACAGAAAGAUUUAUACCACUUUCAUGAUAUUAAAACCUUAGACUGGUGUAA